GCACUUGGGGGAGGGAUGGGAGGUGCGGUGCCCGGCAUGAGUGGCGUGGGAGGAGCGACGCAGGGCAUGCAGGGCAUGCAGCAGCAGCAGCAACGAGAGCGCGAGCUGCUGCAGCAGCGCGAGCGGGCUUCGCAAGGCUUCCCGCAGCCGCCGCCGCAGCAGCGGCUGCAGGACAGGGCGCGGGCGGCGGAGGCGAAGGUGGCGGAGGAGAUGGCGCGGCUACGAAAGCAGCAGGACAAGCCGGGGCAGCAGGGCCAGCCGGGGGGGUACCCUGGCCAGCACGGGCGCGGCAGCUACGGGUGGCUCGCGUCCAAGGUCGCGUACCCAAAGGGCGGUCCGUCGCGCGAGGCGAGGGGCGGAGGCCCAGGCGGCGCGCCGUCCUCCGCUGGCGGCGGCGCCGGCCCGGCCGGCGGCGGCGCCGGCGAGUACGUGGCUUCUGUGCAGUUCAUGAUUACGCGGGCCAUGCGGGAGGAGCUGUCCGGGCUCGGGUACAGCGACGCGGCGGUCGACGCAAUGAAGCCGUCCCGCGCGGCGGAGAUCCUCGCGCAGCGCACGCCGGCCGACCGCAGUUCGUGACACUUUUUUGGUGCGUGUGUGAUGUGUCGAGUAGCGCUGAAGCCGUUGAUGUGUACCAACCGCUCACUGAUGUCAGGUG